ACGAAUUAUUAUCCCCAACCUGCAGCAAACAAAGAAGAGAGAAAUCACAGCAUUCUCCCACUCCCAGUAGAAAACUAUAAUUUGCGAAAUAUAAUUUCCCAGAAGGCACCCUCUCAAUCAAAACACUCUCUCUUCUCUCUCAAAAUUCCAUUUUCUCCCCGGAAAUUCGCUCCCGGGGGGUUUUUUCCCAUGAAACCCUAUAACCCAAUAACCUAGGAAUUCUUUUCCAUCACUUUCCCGGGAAAAUCCCCUAUCUUUCCGUACACAGUUAUCGCCCAGUUCCGGAGGAGGGAGGGAUUUGAUUCGGUUGCGGAUAUUUAUAAACCCGAGAGCUAGGGGUUUGCGAUUGGUUGAGGUUUCUGAAGCAUUUGGUAAGAGGGGUUAUUUUGAGGCCGGAAAUUAGGGUUUUGUGGCGAUGGGCAGCGUGGAUCGAGUCGAUGAUAGGACCUUUAGGGUUAAUUUGACGGGCGAUUCAGUUGUCAAGUUGAGAGCGAGUGUGAGGGAGAAGCUUAAGGAGUUCAUGGGGGAUUACACCGACGACACUCUUGUGGAAUAUGUAAUUGUCCUUUUAAGGAAUGGCAGGCGGAAAGAAGAAGCGAAGAAUGAGUUGAACGUAUUUUUGGGGGAUGACAGUGAUUCUUUUGUUUCUUGGUUGUGGGAUCAUCUGGCUUCAAAUUUGGAUUUGCAUGUGCAAUCUCAGGAUUCUGAUAUGGAAGAUGCGAGUAAAAGAAAAACUACAUCAGGUGACCAAACAGGAAAUACUGAUUCUUAUCAUUUGGGAUCUGAGCCAGAAAGAGAGAAGUCUAAUAAAUUAACUAGAAGCCGGCACAAUAGGGAAUGGAAAGGACUAGCGAGGGAUGCAGCUGAACCCCCUCCUUUUCUCAGCUCUGAGAUUGGAGAUAUUCAUGUAGAUGAAAAAAGUCAUAGCAAAGUAAUUCGUGCAAAAUCUCCUUUGCGCCAACCUGCAGCUCAGAGGAAAAGGAUUCGGCCUGAUGAGAGACAUAAUACAGAGAGGGAACCAGUUUCUCAAGUGAAUAUUGAUGCCCCUCGACGGCUACUCCAAUUUGCCAUGCGGGAUGCGCUGACAACCUCAAGGCAAUCAAAUUCAACAAUGCAGCCCACAUUGAAGCGACUCCGUUCUGUGGUUUCUACACCCACUGUUGACUCAUCAGUGGCUGAUCGUCCUCGACGAAUUCAAUCUGUUGCCAGGGUGCCAAAUCCCAUGUCAACUGUAAUGAAAGCUGUUGCAGAAGCUGCUGAAAAUGUAACAAGAGUUAAAUCAUCAGGUAGUGUGUUUGACCGACUUGGUCGUGGUAUGGAUGUCUCAGAGACGAGUGGCCCACUUGCAUCAUUUAGAGAAGCUGCUACUGAGGAUGGUGUAUAUGAAGAUGCCAUCCAAAUUCGUGAGCAAAUGCGAUCAACAUCUCUUAAAAAAAGUGAACACAGUGGGCAGUUUGUAAGGAAUGCUAUCUUAGAAAGUGAAACUGGUUUGGCUUCUGAUUGUAUAUCAGACAAUGAAGGGUUUGAUGAUGUCAAUGUUAUGGGUCGUAGAGUUACUGAUGUUUCUCAAACUGGGACAUCUGGUGGAAGCAAGGGUGCUGACGAUGUUAUGCGGAUAUCAAGGAAUAAAGAUCAGGGUCAACCUACUGCACCUGCAAAUUCUGCUCAUAAGAUUGUGAACAUAUCUGUGAAUGUCAAUACUUGGAAACCACCCCAUUAUCAGGAGCCAAAAGAAGUUGCUGACUCAGAUGACUGGACUUCUGUACAGGAUGGCGAGUUAGGGGUUCCCAAAUCUGAUUUGCGGGUCAUGAAAGAGAAUAGCAACCCUGUCGCAGUUAGUAAUGGAAAUGCGAACCCUGCUGCAGAUUCUCAAAGGAUGCUUUCCUCUUCUACUGGUGCAUAUGCUGCUGGACGUCCUUUGGAGGAUGCAGAAUCUCGAACCAUCUUUGUUAACAAUGUCCAUUUUGCUGCUACAAAAGAUAGUCUUUCUCGACAUUUCAACAAGUUUGGGGAAGUGCUAAAAGUGGUGAUACUUACUGAUGCAGCAACUGGGCAACCUAAAGGGUCGGCUUAUGUAGAGUUCACACGGAAGGAGGCGGCAGACAAUGCAUUAUCUCUGGAUGGCACCUCCUUCAUGUCUCGGAUCCUUAAGGUUGUGAAGAGGGGCGCUGCACAUCAAGAAGCAGCUCCUGUCAUCACAUGGCCACGGAUUGCCCGGGGAUCGCCGUUUGCCACUGCGAGGUUUGCUAGGUCGCCCUUCCCAAGAGGCAUGUCUGGUGCAUAUAGGCCUCGUCCCCUAAUCAAACCUGGUGCCAGGAGCAUGCAGUGGAAGCGGGAUACUCAAGCCACUCCAGGUGAGAGUGGUGCUCCAGUCACUGGCAAUCCUGUUCCUUCACCGACAGCUCGUAGUCUAACCUACGUGCGAACAGAACCUAAGCCAGAGGGCAACUAGUCCAAAAAUGUUACCUUCUGCAAUAUGCCCGACUUGAAAUUGCACCACAUGAAAUGCUAGGGAUUGUUGGAAAUCCAAUAAAUUGGAGUAUAUUCUUUUUGUAAAGGGUGGAGAACAUUGUUACAUGGAGGCUGAAGUGGAGGGGAAGGUUUCCCUACUCGCAAAUUUUUGGUUUAUUCUUUUGAUUUGGAGAUAAAAGAGGGGUUUGGUUGUUAUGGCAUAUGGGAUAAAGCGAGGGAAAGUAUUUUGGAUCGAGUCCUUAGGUGUUUCUUCCGGAGAUAAUAUUGUUCGCGAUAAAAUUUGUGAAUAGGGCGGAUGGAUAAAUGGUUUCUUUUUUGAAGGAUAAUCUGUUAAUUUUGCUUUGUAAUAUUUAUACAUUGAUAAACCAAAAAAAAAGGUAAAAAGGAUUAAAAGAGAGAUUA